UAUCUCUUCUAUUCAGUUAGUUCACAACUCUGAAAGCCGAAGACGAAACGAGGAAGACAGCUACAGAACAGCAGUGAAAAGGAUCAUAAUAUGGAUAUUGUGAGAAAAGAGGGUUUCUUGAGGCUAUUUGCGAUUGUAUUCUUGGUUUUGACUGCUUGUUUAAUGGGAUUUGAUUCUCAAACUAAACUCCUUUUUGACACAGUUGAAAGAAAAGCCAGCUUCAAUGAUAUGGAUGCCUUGUUUUUUUUGGUAUGGAUUGAUGCUGCUGUUGCCAGUUAUAAUGUACUCCAUGUGUUAAGAUGUUUCCUCAUUCCUACUACUGCAAAGGGAGAUGUUAAACAAAGGUCUUACAAGAACUAUUGGUUGUUUUUCUUCUUAGAUCAGGCAGCUGUAUACACAGUAUUUGCAGCACAAUCAGCAGCAGUUGAAGCAUCAGCAAUAGCAUUGGCUGGAGUGAGAAGUUUGCAAUGGAUGAAAUUGUGCAAUAGAUUCACAAGGUUUUGUAUCCAAAUUGGAGGUGCUUUAUUAUGUGGCUAUGCUGCUGUCCUUGUAUUGGUUGUGGUCUCUUCACUUUCUGCCUUUCAAUUAUUCAGACUCUACUCACCUAAGAAGUUCCUUCAACUUAAGGGCAAAUUAAAUGAUCAUCACCUGCUUUCUAUGUAAAUUUAUUAAUUAUGGAGUGUGCUAUGCAUGUGAACUUAUAUAUUUUCGUGUGGGCGCAAUUAUAUAUCUUGUAUUGUACGUAAUAGACAAUAUUAGGGAAGAUAGCGAAAUAAUUAAAGACAGAGAGAGUUAAUAUUGUGAAAAGAAUUGAUCAUACAAUUUAUGUUCAAUAGGUACUACCUUUGAUUUAAAUGUCAAUACGAAAAGAAAUUGACAUGUUUAAAGA